UUUAACCAUGUGGCUUGGAACAUUACUAAUCCCGCUCUUCUUUCUGGACACCAAGGCGGCUGGACCCUUUGACUACAACAUCCACGAAUUCACGGGCCACUGUGACCCUGACGGAACUUGCAGAUAUGUUCUACAGAUCCCGUCCCACGAGGCCCUGCAGAAUCCCGGAGUGAUGGACAACCGGACGGCGUCGGCCAUCUUGAAACAUCUCGAGCGACACGAUCACCAACUUCUGCAGCUCCUGGGCUAUUUCGGGAAGAGUAACUCCUCGUCGUCUGCGACGAACCUCCUGAAGGAGCUCAAGGAUCUGACGGAGGAAAACAAGAAGUUGAACAACAUGGUGCAGGUGUUGAUAGGAGACGCGGCCUCUCUCGCACAGAAGAACAAGUACCUGCAGUCCCAGUUCGACCACCUCAACAAGACGUUACACGGGAAAAUCAUACUCGCUGGAGGAGAUUUCUGCGCCUCCAAACCGUGUCACAACAAAGCCCUCUGUCAGAAUCUCAACGAACGAUACGUCUGCAUUUGUCUCAACGGCUACAUCGGAAAUAACUGCGAGACAGACAUCAACGAGUGUGACCCGAACCCGUGCCAGUACGGAAAGUGCCAGGAUGGACAGGGCGACUACACGUGCGUCUGUGAGAACGGAUUCACCGGCAAGAACUGCAGCGUCAAUAUCGACGAGUGCGCGAACCACCCCUGUGGUAUAGGUGGUGUGUGUAUCGACGGCGUCGCCAGAUACCACUGUCUCUGUGACCCCGGGUUCAGUGGGGCAACCUGCGAAAUCAAUGUUGACGAAUGUGCAAGUAACCCUUGUAAGAACGGAGGAUUCUGUCUCGAUGACGUCAACAGUUUCUUCUGCGCAUGCCCACCGGGAUAUACUGGAGAACUGUGCGACAAAGAUUUCGACGAAUGCCAAGCUGCCAACCCGUGUCUGUACGGUACGUGUAUCAACCAGAAAGGCAACUACAGCUGCAACUGUACCUACCCAGAAAUCACCGGCAAGCUGUGUGAUGAAACGCCGGAGAGCAACUGCUGGGAUCUGAAGAAGUACCAGAACCAGACGAAGGACAGUACCUACUCGAUCGACUCGCCGGCCGGUGGGCAGAUCCUCGCCAGGUGUGACAUGUCCACCGACAAUGGCGGCUGGCUCAUCUUCCUCAGGCGGUACGAUGGUGCUGUCAACUUCAACAAGACGUGGAACGAGUACAAGUACGGGUUCGGCGAACUGUCGGGGGAUUUCUGGUGGGGUAACGAACUCCUACACACCUUCACGUCGGCAAAGGCCACCGUGAUGCGGGUUGACAUGUGGGACUGGAAGGCUAACCAUGCCUACGCCUUGUACGACAGCUUCCUCGUGGACGACGAGACGCACAACUACACCAUCCACGUCGGCAACUACAGCGGGGACGCCGGAGAUCCCUUCCACUUCAACUCAAACCGGUUCUCCCAAGACAACAUGCCCUUCUCCACCUACGACCGCGACAACGACCCCUACAACGACAACUGCGCACGGGUGUAUUCAAGCGGUUUCUGGUACAACCAGUGCUGGGCGGCCAACCCGACCGGGAAGUACUACAACUCUGGGUCAUACACCACGAGGGUACACGAUGGAGUGGAAUGGUGGACGUGGCAACGCGACAGGUACUCUCUCAGAGCAAUCACCAUGUCAUUCAGACCAAAGGGCGUGGCUUAAAGAACUGUCUCCUAGGAUACCGUGUGCAAAUAAAUCAUAAUUUAUGUA